UCUUCUGUCUCCGGCGCACCGAAGCAGACGCGAUUUGUGCAUCGGAGAGGGGAGCUGGCACCCGCUCCCCGUAUUUAAUGGCGUCACCACUUCCUCACGCCUCCAACGUCUUCUUGCAUUCCAUGUCCAUCCCAUCCCACCCCAUCCCAUGCCCUCCUUCCAUCCUUCCUCUACAUAUCAUCAUCGCGUACACCAUCACUCCGAUCAUGUCGUCUGGUGCCAGUAACGCCUGAGCGUAACCCCCUCCGCUCUCGAUCGAUCGAUUGAUCGAGCUCCUCCUCUAUAUAUCCUCUGCCAAGCUGAUCAGCUCCCUAGUCCGGCCGUCUCCCUCCCAAACCACGUGCGCGAUCACCAGCCAGUUCACCGGUCCCUGCGUGACGAUCUGACGUACAUACACGCUCUAGAGCUAGGCGUCCAUGGCCGCCGCCGCGGUGGGCAAGCGGCACAGCUGCGCCGUCGUGCUCGGCUUGCUGCUGGCGGCCGUCUCGGCCGCCGGCGCCGAGUUCAUCACUUGGGAGGACCUGACCAUGCCGGCCGUGGCGGGGCUCAUCCGCGGCGCGCCGGCGGACGUCAAGUCUGCGGCGGCGGGCCGCGGGGGCGCGAGUUUGAGCACGAUCGUGGUGUCGCAGGACGGGAUGGGGCACUCGCGGACCGUGCAGGGCGCCGUCGACAUGGUGCCCGCCGGGAACACUCGCCGGGUCAAGAUCCUCGUCAGGCCCGGGGUGUACAGGGAGAAGGUGACGGUGCCGAUCACGAAGCCGUUCGUGUCGCUGAUCGGCAUGGGGACCGGGCGCACGGUGAUCACAUGGAACGCGCGGGCGUCGGACACCGACCCGUCGGGGCACCAGGUCGGCACCUUCUACUCCGCCUCCUUCGCCGUCGAGGCCGACUACUUCUGCGCCAGCCACAUCACCUUCGAGAACUCGGCGCCGGCGGCGCCGCCGGGGGCGGUGGGGAUGCAGGCGGUGGCGCUGCGGCUGUCCGGCGACAAGACCAUGCUGUACAGGUGCCGGAUACUGGGGACCCAGGACACGCUCUUCGACAACAUCGGGAGGCACUACUUGUACAACUGCGACAUCCAGGGCUCCAUUGAUUUCAUUUUCGGGAACGCGAGGUCCCUGUACCAGGGUUGCGCGCUGCACGCGGUGGCGACGAGCUACGGCGCGAUCGCGGCGUCGCAGCGGAGCUCGGCGUCGGAGGAGUCCGGGUUCUCGUUCGUGGGGUGCCGGCUGACCGGCUCCGGCAUGCUGUACCUGGGCAGGGCGUGGGGCAGGUACGCCCGGGUGGUGUACGCCUUCUGCGACCUCGGCGGCAUCGUCGUGCCCCAGGGCUGGAGCGACUGGGGCGACCGCGCCAGGACCAAGACGGUGAUGUUCGGGGAGUACAAGUGCAAGGGGCCCGGGGCGAGCUCGCGGCAGCGGGUUCCGUGGGCGCGGGCGCUCAGCUACGAGGAGGCGCGCCCCUUCCUCGGCCGGGACUACAUCAACGGCGAGCAGUGGCUCAGGUUGUAGACUCUGUAAAUAAAGAGAGAGAGAGAGAAAAACAUGUGGAGAGGCUUGCACGACGUCCUUCACCACUUCAUGCAGACUUGCUUUCUCUCCACUGUCGAUAAUGUACUUACUAGUGGUAGUAGCAGAUCGUAGUCGACAUAGCGUGUAACGGACCUGACACGUCCAUAUAUCUAUCAUGUUAUGUUUAUUUAUUAA